AUGAAAGGUUUUACUAGAGAAUAUCAGUCUAAAUUUUUUAAAUUGAACCUGGCCUUCAAUGACAAGAAGGAGAAAAUUACAGAAAAAGUUAUCCUUUCAAUGACAGCAAAGGAGCACCAAAAAGCAGAAGAAGAAGUAAGCAGGCUGAUUGAUGAAUUGCAGACAGCUAUCAAAAGCAACAGAGGUCAUCUCUCUAAACUUGGCCCCCAAUUACAGGCUGAGCAGGAGCAAUUCUCCUCUUAUGUCUACCAACACAUUAAAAGCCUUCCAGCAAACACUCUAGUCCCAGGAGGCCUGCAGCUCAAGGUGUUUGAAAAUGGUAAAGACACUGGAGAGACCUCUGUUUAUAUCAGUAAAAAAGAUUUAGGCUCUAAUAGAACAACUCAGACUGACAAUAUGAUGGAAAGAUUACUUCUCAAGAUUCAUCAGAGGCUUGGAGGCUCUUCCAUCAACACACCAGGCCUCAAUUUUUCUUCAGCCCGGCUUUUCGAUGAGCAUGGUCAAGAAAUUAAGGAUCCACUUUUGCUGAAGAAUGAGCAAAAAAUUUGGGUCUCUUAUGGUAAAGCAUUCAGAUCUCCACUAAACCCUGUUUUGGGUUUGACCUUUGACCGAGUGACUGCAUUUACCAGAGGUGGCAUCACAGUUGCCUAUAAGACCUGUUUGGAUCCUAAUGCUGUUCUGCUACCUGGAUGUGAAAAUUGGGACAUUUGUGAGGGAUUUCCAAUUAAUUUCGACUGCACCAGUCAACAGAUACCUGAUCAAUUUGAAAAGAUGGACUUGGAGAGCCAUUUCCUACAGAAUAAGGUGGAUCCCAAUAUUGUCCUUCAUGCCUCUGUUUCCAUUGGAAAGCGGAGUUUCUCAAGUAGUGAAGUGAGCAGCAGGAGUCAGAUAGCUCCAUCAACCCUGUGGCCUGCAGCCAGUGUGUGGCUGAUCACCAAGGCUGGAAUGAUCCUGAGCAGAGCGAUAACUCAGGGCUGCCUAGCUAUUGGUCAUCCAAUCAGAGUCAAGGCCGCUGAGGGAGCAUCACUAGAAGGAUAUAAAUUAAUCCUACGGAAAAGACAUAAAGGAGAUGAAUCUCAGAAGUGGGUGUUUGGAACGGAUGGCUGUAUUUAUUCUAAGGCUUAUCCUCAAUUUGUUCUGACCUAUCUGGAGGAGCUAAAUGUACAAGUGGAUGUGACUCAAACAGAGUAUCACAUUCACCAUGGUGCUUGGACCACAGCUCAUCAAGAAUGUGGCAGAAACUUAACAGAAGAGGUUCUGCAAAAAUGUGCCAGCAACCCUGAUCUGAAGCAACUGCCAGAACCGUCAGACACCCAUUUAAUGCCAGAAGGUUCUCUUGAGGAGACAGRGCAGCUCACAGUGGCACUGGUGAGGAAACUGGAGGAGAAACAUCCUAAGGCUUCCGCUCAGAGGUGGGCCAUAAAACAUGAAGGGAUCAGUAAGCCAGGCCAAUGGAAGCAUUCCAGAGUUGAAAAUCCCCUAUGGAACAAGCUUACUUACAUGUGGCCGGUCCUUCCCAGUGGACAACUUAACGAGGACUUUGAUUGGCCAAUAGAAGGACUGCUUAUUCCCAACAGCCCUCCCAUGAAGAAACCCAUCCAGAAGACACCAGAGCAGUAUGUCCCUAUGAGACUCAGAGUUUUGAGGAACGGAGAUAAGAAUAAAAGCAGAUCCCUUGUUACAAUUUGUCCAGACAUCUCAUCUAAAACACAGUGCACUGAAAUUUUAAAAUUACCUUCUGCAGCUCGGAGAUUAUUCAAUGAAAAGGGCAUGGAAAUCUUUUCCCUAAAGGACCUGCAAAGAGAUGAACUGGUAUAUGUUUCAUGUGGAGAACAUUGGAUCAAUCCUGACCUGUCUAUUGCUCAGCAAAAGAAGCAAAUAUUCCUCAGGAACCUAGCAUCUGACAUUUCCAAAAUUCAAACCUUCUGCAGCACACGUAAGGAAGAAACUCUUGUUUUAGAAGUCCAAAGCGACAUUGUGGCUGGAGGCAAGCUUGCUGUGCAAAAACCCACAGCAAUUUUUGGAGAAGAGAAGCAAGUUGAAGAAACAGAGGAAAAGCAAAUGCCAACUGAUGCUUCAACAAGAGCUGAUGCUUCCAGAGAAAUCUUAGAUUCACAUGCAAGAGCCCACCUCCGAAUGGAARCUUGUCACACGCUUCUCAGGUAUGCCUGGCAGAAUACUUCGCAGGACUUUGAUGAGGAUGUCAGUCUUCCAAAGAAAAUGAAAGAAGUCUUUGAAAAUGAAGAACCACAAAAGAAACACAGCCAUUCUCCAAAGCAGGCCAAAUUGCAGAAGGUUUCCCGUCAGCAGUUUGAAUACAGAGAUGGGCAAAUUAUAAGCCAUGCUGCUCCUCAGCUUGUUUUGGGGUUACAAAGCUCCGACCUCCAUUCAGGUACCGAAGUGGUUUUGGUGGAGAAGAAAUCUGAUGAUAAUCAUCAACGCUGGAUACACAAAGAGGACAGCAGGACWUUUCACCUGGCAAGUAACCCUGACCUUGUGCUGGCAGUGUCUAUGACCAAGGCUAGAAAUGAAGCCUGUGGCUAUCCAGUUAUUGUUCAGAAAUAUAAGCCAUACAACAAUGGAACUGCCCAUCAAAAGUGGCAGUACUUGGAAAAUUUGAAAACAUUUAUGGCCUUUUAUAGCACUACUUUGGAUAAGGAAAUCACAUUGGCAAAUUUUGCUGGUAUUUGUACAUCUUCUGUCAUUAAAGGAGAAAACAUUGAUCAACCAGGAUACUAUUAUUUCUCAGCUGGUGGAAAGAGGAAAAUGAUGCUCUGCCUGGCUUGUGGACGAUGCAUGAGAGCAGAGAAGAGACUGAAACAGUUGCUUCCAGGGGUUCCAUUCCUCUGUGUUUCAGGCUCCAAGACCCAGAAGCCCCUAUCACAAGGGCCUUUCAGGGUCAUCAGUGUGGUCAAGGCUGACUUAUCAUCUUACGAGGCUGACAAAACUCUAAGUUAUUAUGAAGAACUCCUAUUAUCUUUACGGACGAAGACCUGCAUGCAAGCUGUGUGUCACAGUGGUAUAGCAGCAACACACCAGAAGGCAGUGAAAAUAAUCGCGUACAAAAACGGGGAUGGAUAUCGUAAUGGGAAGUUAAUUGUGGCUGGAACAUUCCCCAUGCUUCUUACAGAAUGCACAGGACAGCUUGGGCUUUCCAGAGCAGCUUCCAAAGUAUACACCAGAGAUGGAACCACAGUUUUUACCUUGCGUGAUUUGGUUUUAUGGGCUCUAAAUGAAUCCUUUAUGCAGAGAGACUCUGAAGAACAAAAGACAGGCUCCGCUCCUGUUGGAACAGAAGAGAUGACUGCUAAAAAAAACUCUAUAAUGAAAUUGAGAACCAAAUUAUUUUCUGGAUCUGUGAAAUCUGAUAGUUUGGAUGGUAUAGAUAAGUCUUUGCUCACCCUCAUCCUCAGAAAUCCUAUUGCUGUCUGGGUAUCUUGUGGUGAAYCAUUUAUACCUCCAAAUGCGUUGCAGAAAGCAGAAAAAUUAGAGAAACAGAACUGGCUAAAAAAGGACAAAAUUUUGGCUGAUCUAAGUACCAUGAAACACAAAAUGAGGCAGUUAAAAGGGCGGCGAGUAACAGCAUGUCAGCCAGCUUCUAUGGUUCCUACCAAAAGCCCUGUGCAGCCGGUGGUGGUUGAAGGAGGCUGGACUGAGCAGACUCAAGAGGAAAUUAAACUCAUGGAACUUAUAAGACACACAGAGGCACAACUUUCGGAAGUUCAAGAACUGCAAUCCAAACAAAAUUCCCCAGUUGCAACUAAACAUAAAGCAGUCCAGCAGAGUAGCCUGUACAAGCAACCCAACACAAAACGAGUCUGGGCUUAUCUAAAUGGRGGAAGACCUGAAGAUGGCACUUAUGCCUGGGGCAGGACUGUUACAGAGCUGCUAGAUAACUGUUCCUCUCAUCUCAAAAUGACCCAUCCAGCCAGAACCAUGUACACCCGAGAUGGAGAAUUGAUUCAGUCAUGGGAUGACAUAGAACGAGACAUGGUCAUCUGUGUGUCUAUGGGACAUGACUUUAUAACCCAGAAAGAGUUAAAGCAAGUGGUGGAGGUCAGAGCAAAUUAUGCCAGAAUUCGAAGACAGCUGGGCCCUCAAGCUACAGACCUGGUGGUGUUACCAUCUUCAGAGCUGCUGUCACUGGUACAUCUGCAUAAUUAA